AUGAGAGCCUUUGUGCUGGUGAGCUGCUGUUUGGCCCUGGCUUCCGCACGACCGGAAGCGGGUUACUCAUACAAUCGUCCUUCAUCUGGCGGAGGCUCUCAUGGAGGCGGCCACGGUGGUGGCGGCGGCGGUGGCUACUCGGGUGGCCACGGAGGCGGCCACGGCGGUGGCGGCUCGUUCAGCUCCGGCGGCGGAGGCUCGUUCGGCGGUGGUUCCUUCGGCGGCGGCGGCAUCGGCGGUGGUAGCAGCGGAUUCUCGUCCUUCGGCGGUAGUGGAUUUGGAGGAUCAUCCUCGUUCAGCUCCGGUGGUGCCAGCUUCGGAGGUGGUAGCUUCUCCGGAGGCGGCGGCGGCGGUGGUGGUUUCGGCGGAGGCCAAGCCAUCAUCCAAAAGCACAUCUACGUCCACGUACCGCCCCCAGAGCCAGAAGAGGUCCGCAUCCAGCGGCCCAUCUCCGUAGCUCCAGCCCAGAAGCACUACAAGAUCAUCUUCAUCAAGGCUCCGUCUGCACCGGCCUACCAGGCCCCGCAGAUCCCCCUGCAGCCACAGAACGAAGAAAAGACCCUCGUCUACGUGUUGGUCAAGAAGCCCGACGAACAGCAGGACAUCAUCAUCCCAACUCCCGCACCGACGCAGCCCAGCAAACCCGAAGUCUACUUCAUCAAGUACAAGACCCAGAAGGAAUCCGGCGGUGGAUUCUCCGGCAACGUUGGAGCCGGUUUCGGUGCCGACAUUAGCGGUUCUAUUGGCGGUGGUCACGAUAGCGGCAUCAGCGGCGGUGGACACGGAGGAGAUGAUCUCAGCAGCGGACACGGUGCCACGGCUCCGGCUGCCCAGUACGGACCGCCCGGCAAAUCCGGACCAUACUAA